CGGUUUUGUUUUCGUCUUUUACAGUCGGAAACUGUGAUCAGCCAUGUGGAGCCCGAGAUUUAGGUAUAGAAGGACGAUCGGUUGUAUGUGUGUGCAACGCUACGUACUGCGACACCGUCACUCGCGAUGCGCCUGCGCGGGGUUCUUUCGUUGUUUAUACUAGCAGCCGUGCCGGUAAGAGAUUUGAAAAAAGCUACGGCACGAUAAAAUUGAGUAUGAGUGCUAAAGAUACUAAGACUUUAAAUUAUGAUCGUUCAGGAAAAACAAUAUCUGGGCUAUUGAAUGAAGCAUCAUAUAGAAUUAUCAGCAAUAUCAGACAUCAGAAGAUCGAAGGCUUCGGCGGCUCAGUGACGGAUGCCGCCUCUAUCAACUGGCGUAAACUGUCGGAUACUACACAAAGACACUUCAUUAAUUCAUAUUUUGGUCGAGAGGGCAUAGAAUACAAUUUGAUCCGCGUGCCGAUAGGCGGCGCUGACUUCUCGACACACCCCUACACGUACAACGAAUACCCUUGGAACGACAAGGCUCUAUCAAACUACUCUUUAUCUAAUGAAGAUUACUUUUAUAAGCUGCCUAUGAUUAAGCAAGCCCAGGAAGUAGCGACGGACGAGAUCAAAGUAACAGCGAGCACAUGGUCGCCGCCGGUGUGGAUGAAGACCAAUGAAGCUAUAACCGGCUUCGCUCAACUCAAACGGGAAUUCUAUCAGACCUACGCCGAUUAUCACUUACGUUUCAUUGAAGAAUACGAUAAAGCUGAAGUGAAGAUUUGGGCAAUCACGACUACAAAUGAACCGAUAAAUGGAAUUGUUCCAUUUGUGGAUUUUAACUCUUUGGGUUGGUUUCCAACUGAUCUAGGUAUUUGGGUAGCUAGAAAUCUUGGUCCAACGAUAAGAAACUCACGUUUCAAUGACACCCUGAUUCUAGCAGUCGACGAUCAGCGUUAUCUUAUUGACAUCUAUUUGGGAGGGAUGAGAAGAGCAGAUCCUAAAUCUUUAGAGUACAUUGACGGAAUCGCUGUUCAUUAUUACGGGAACUUCAUUCCAGCAGGGAUUCUCUCCAAUAUUCAGAGUAGAUAUCCUGACAAAAUACUUCUUGCUACGGAGGCUUGCGAAGGUCCAAUGCCGUGGGACUUGAAGAGAGUGAAAAUAGGAUCCUGGGAGCGCGCAGACAGAUACAUGCGACAUGUUAUAGAUGAUUUGAAUAAUUUCGUUGUCGGCUGGAUAGACUGGAAUCUUUGCUUGGAUGAAAAUGGCGGUCCGAACUGGGCCCACAACUACGUCGAUGCACCAAUCCUUGUCUAUGGCGAGAGGGAUGAGUUCAUCAAACAACCUAUGUUCUACGCUAUGGGUCACUUUUCGAAAUUUAUACCAAGAGGAUCCCAACGUGUCGAAGUAUUGCGAACAAGUUUAGCGCACGUCAAUAAUGUUGCCUUUAUAACACCUCAGGGAAAUAUCGUAAUGGUACUUCAGAAUACGAACACCCAUGAAGUGAAGGUUAAAAUCGCUACAUCCUUACUAAGAUCUGUAGAAAUCACAAUGGAGCCAGAAUCAAUCAAAACUAUUGAAAUUAAUCAUAAUUAAUCUAAUCAUCUGAUAUUUGUU